AUGUAUCUCACGGAAAUUCUGGUUCCCGCGAAUGCGCUUAUUCGUGCAAAAAUAUGUAAAGCAUUGCCUUACUUGUGUGGUUUCAAAACGCCAUACUGGACCACAGCAAGUCAGACUAAAGAGGGGUAUCAGCAGAUCCUACUAAUAGUGGACGCAUUCAUUAAAUAUUUGCAGUUUGUGCCUCUAAAAUCAUUAAGUGGCGCUGAGACAUUGCAAGUAUUUAAAGAAAGAUUAACUCUUUUUGGUAGACCGCGAGUUGUAGUAUUGGAUAGAGGUACAAAUUUUACAUAUAAACCGUUGCAAUUGUGGUUCAAAAAGCAGAAUAUAGAAUUACAUUUAAUUGCUAUUGACGCCCCACGUGCGAAUGGGCAGGCAGAACGUUAUGUUGCUACAGUUACAAAUUUAUUAACAACAGAAGUUUCAAAAUCUUCAGAAUCGCCGAACAAGCUAUUAAAUCAUAAUACAGGAAAUGCUUUACAUACUGAAGCCGAAUUACCCGAAUUGGAGGAGGAAUUAAAUUUAAUGCGCGAUAGGAAAAUCGCGUCGGAAAGAUUGUCAAAGAAUGCGGAGAAACAGGAAGACAUCUUCAACAAGAAGCGUCGUAACAAUAUUGAAUACAAAAUUAAUGAUACUGUGUUCAUUAAACCCGCUGCAACGCGUGGAGCGAAACUAGAUAACAAAUAUGUGGGUCCAUUUGUUAUCACCGAAAUUAUGUCGAAUGAGCGGUAUAAGAUCCUUGGUCAAUCAAGGAGGUCACAAGUGGCACCGAAAGACCGAUUACGUUUAUGGAACG